CUAUUUAAUUCGAGACCGUGAGGCCAGACGUAACGAUACAGAAACAAAUUUGCGUUAGUGAGCAGAGAGAUUCUUGAAUCAAAUAAAAACAAUCUUUCUGAUUUAUUUUUCCUUAUGGAAUAUAUUGAAAUUAUUUGAUUGAUGAAUCAUAAAUAGCUGGGUUGCCUCUUAGCACUGUUUUAUUGUCGUUUUAAAAAUAAAACGAUUAAUUCUAUGAAAUAUUAAGUAUCAAAAGUAUUUGUCGUCAGAUCUUCACCUUCUUUCAAUCUCCAGAAUGAAUAUUGUCGUAAUUUUAGCAUUGUGUUUAGCAACAUAUGUCGCAGAAGCUGAAUCCCAUGCGAUUGAUAGCGAAUGUAGGCUGCCUGUUACAAAUAAAAUCGAUUUUGCACAGCUCCGAGAAAAGAACUGGUACAUUACGUCGCAUAAUGAAUAUAGCUUGCUCAGAACGGAUGUCUGUGUUGUUAUUUCUGAUGUAGAAGAAACGAACGGAGGAUUGGAUUUUCAAUAUAAAAUGUUCAACAAUUCUGGAGUUGUGGAUCAUAUCACAAUACAUACCACGCUUCAACCAUCAGGAAAAUACACCUGGAAACCAACAUCUGAAUUGAAAGGUUUUGGAUUUGUACAUACCACAGAAACUGGACCAGACUCAUUUUCACCUACGGAUGCCGGGAAUGAGAUGGAAAAAGAAAGGGAUCACUUGAGGUGGAUUUCCGACUACAAGAAACCGCAUGCCUAUCUGACUGAUUACAAAACAUACUUGUUUGAACUGAAGUGCGAUACCAAAGGUAAACAGAGCGUUUGGAUUCAUACUUCAACUCAAUAUCCUACGACUGAUGACAUUAUUCGAAUUCAUAACCGUUUGUUGGAUAUCGGAUUUAGAUGGGAUGAUAUUUAUUUAGUGGUUUCGUCUUGCGCUGUAAUGAAGCCGAGUAACUUCAACUCAAAAUAGAACUACGAAAGAAUUUUAUAUAUAUAUUAUAUAGGUGGAAUAUAUAUUCUGCGCACAUCUAAAUACAUUUAUAUAUAUAUGUAUAUAUGUACGCAACUAUCAGUGUCAUUGUGAAAGCAUUAAUAAAUUUAACCAAGAUAUUUUUUCUGGCCUUAUUACCGCGAAAUAUCAAGUGGCAAACGUAAGAUCGGGGCCUCAUCAUCACUCCAACUGCAUCCCGAAAAGUACAGUGAAGUGAUAGAUGCAUAUGCAUUUACUCGUGAAUCAUAUCUUGAGUCGGUAUAGCAUAAUAUUUCACGGUAUCGCGAAAUUUUUAUUCAAUAUAUUUAUGAAGAAAAGGCAGUAUAAAGUUUAGUGUCAGUUAAAGAAACAUCAAUCUGAUGCCAUGGUUUUGCGUAAUUCAAUACUGUGUUGUAGUCUUAAACAAAUUUUUGAUCCCAACUUAAACAAGGUAUGCUCAAAAACUUUCGAUUUUGAUUUUAAUGAAGGGAUUACAUUUUGUUCAAAUUUGUGAAUUGUGAUGUUGAUAAUUCUUUUUAUCAAUAUGCAUUGAAAAGUAAGAUUUUCACUCUUAAAUCUGAUUACAGCUCGAGUCCAGAUAGUAUAGUACCAUAGAACAUUCGUUUUAUUCUCAUUCAUUAUUGCUAGGGAUUUUGUACAUAUGUAUGUGCAAACAAUACCACUUGAAAUUAUAUGUGUUCUUGACAUAUGUCACAAAAAUAAAUUGACGUAUUCAAUAGCGCACUUUAGCAUAC